UCAAAUGGAGAAGAAUGAUAUACAGAAGGAUUUCUUCACAAGUACCUCGGGUUUUCGAGGACGAAGGAUGAGGUUUUAUGGAGGCUCAGAAUUAUGAGGAUUUGGAGAUUCCACUUGGGAUCUUUUAUACGACGACUUUUUCUCGCUACAGUUGUUUUCAGCGUGAUAACAUGUUGGRUAAUUUGGUCGCGAGUUGGCGGACCUUCAGAACCCAUACGAACAAUACCUUCUACAAUAACAUUGAGUUUUUCUACUCGAAAGUGCAACUUCCCACCGAGAACUCAUUUCUCAAGAACCCCAGACAGUCGCAGUGCUAUGAAAGCGUUUCUUCAGGACAGUUUAAGUCGUGCAACAAAACAGAAAGUUUUAAUUGUAUACAAGCAUACUUCGAUUGUAUUUCGUUGGGACAUUACAACGAUUCUUGAAGCAAAUCGAAUUCCUUAUAGUGUAGUGUGGAUUACUCCUAGAACAAUUUUUCCUGCUUUGACAGAUAAUAAUGGGCCUAGAUAUAGYGUUAUUGUGUUUGAAAGCUUGAAAUUUUAUGCAGAUCUUUCAGUACGGAACAGAAGACUUGUGGAUUCCUAUACUCGCGAGUAUUCUGUCGGACUUGUACUUUUUACUGGGCAAGAGAAUUUACUUGCGCAUAAUAUACGAGAUCUUAGUAUCUCCUUUCGUACCGGACUGAAAAGGUUAAAAAAUGCUGAAUUGAAUCCAACAUCUCCGCUGUUUACUAUCACAAGAUCUGGUGGAAUUGUAGAAGGAGAGCUCCCCCUUGAUAGAUGGGUCGUCUUCUCGUCGAAUCACAGCACUCACGAGUACGUUGAAAUUGCAACAGAAGAAUUUACUUCUACGAACUUCCAAGACUUAGAUAAAGACGACGAACCGGUGGAAACACRUAUUUCCCGGACAGUUACCACCGUUAUGCUGGACAAAGGAGAUCUUGAUGGAAUUAAGAGAGUUUAUUUUGGAAAUGGAGUACGUUUUUGGCUACACCGAAUGUUAUUUAUUGAUUCAUUGAAUUUUCUUUCGAAUGGAGCCUUUGCRAAGCCGUUGGACCGAUGGUUUUUAGUCGAUGUAGACGAUAUAUUUGUAGGAAAAGCGGGSACGAGAAUGACUAAACAUGAUGUACAGGCGCUUMUUUCAGUUCAAAACAGAAUAAGWUCCAAAGUUCCAGGAUUUCAAUUCAAUCUUGGUUACUCUGGUUACCACUUUGAGMGAGCUCGAGGCAACRAUGCAGAAGAUGAAGGUGACAAAGAAAUCAUUAAAAAUGCAGACAAGUUUUGGUGGUUCAGUCACAUGUGGACUCAUCGAAAACCACACCAGAUAACCAAUGCWGAGGACCUAAAGAAAGAGUUARARAAUAACCUGGAAUUUGCACAGAAACACAAUAUCCCAGUCAACACCAGUUAUGCUGUUGCUCCGCAUCACUCAGGGGUAUAUCCCAUUCACGAGAUGUUAUAUGAUGGCUGGAAAAAAUACUAUAACCUAACAGUUACUUCGACAGAAGAAUACCCACAUUUACAUCCUCAUGGUUUAAGAAGAGGGUUUAUAUACAAAGGGGUUAAGGUUCUUCCAAGACAAACCUGUGGUUUAUAUACAAAAAAUCUGCGUUUAAAAGAUUAUCCAAAAGGACCAAGACAUCUUGAAGAUAGUAUUUUUGGUGGGGAUCUUUUUCAAAUCUUUUUAGACAACCCUAUCAACAUCUUCAUGACCCAUCUCUCAAAUUAUGGUAAUGACAGACUUGCUUUGCACACAUUCUCWAAYGUGGUCAACUAUCUGCAAUGCUGGACAAACCUAAAGCUCAGAACAGAACAUCCUAUAGUGCUGGCUGACAUGUAUUUCAAGCUGUAUCCUAAAGAACAGGAGCCCUUAUGGACAAAUCCCUGCUCAGAUAAGCGCCAUUUGACAAUAUGGGCAAAAGGGAAGACCUGUAACCGUCUUCCUUCCAUGCURAUAAUUGGGCCCCAGAAGACUGGUACUACUGCUCUAUACUCAUACUUGACAAUGCAUCCCGAGUUUAUAAGUAACAAAAGAAGUCACACGACRUUUGAAGAAGUGCAGUUUUUCAAUGGCCACAACUACUUGCGUGGGCUAGAUUGGUAUCUUGGCUUUUUCAGUGAUACUGGGAAUUCCACCAGUAGCUUGCUGUUUGAGAAAAGUGCAAAUUACUUUGAUACACCUAAAGCUGCUCUUCGAGCAUCCACUCUCCUGCCGAAGGCCAAGAUCAUCGUUAUCCUCAUAGAUCCAGUUAAACGAGCAUAUUCAUGGUACCAGCAUGUUAAGAGCCACAGAGUAACUGCCGCUGUUGAAAACAGUUUCUAUGAUGUCCUUACCAAGAGUAAUUCAUCAAACAGCAGAGAGUUUUAUGUCCUUGGACAGCGUUGUCUUGUACCUGGACUAUAUGCCCAGCACCUUGAACGAUGGCUGACGUAUUUCCCGCCCUCCCAGAUAUACAUUGUGGAUGGUGAUAGAUUGAAGACUAAUCCUGCUGAYGUUAUGAUUGAAGUGCAGCAGUUCCUUGGUGUUACUGUGUUUGAUUAUAGCUCCAAAUUAAUUUAUGAUMACCGCAAGGGAUUCUACUGCUUAAUAACGGCCAAUGGAAGAAAGAAAUGCCUUGGAAAAGGCAAAGGRCGACACUAUCCUAAAAUAGACCAAAAAUCAAAAGAUUUCUUAGAAAACUACUACAGCAAACCCAACAUACAAUUAGCUUCAUUACUACAUCAUAUAAACAAACCAAUUCCAAACUGGCUCAAGACAAAAACAUAAUAWUAUAAAUAUUACCAAUAAUUUCUACAGAAAAACAUAGAUUUUCCAAUUUUCAAUUAUUGUCCCAUCUCUGCCAGGACRAACUACAUGAAACCGUGCAUUUAUUUUUCUCUAAAGAAUGCAUUUUAAUAGGUUUUCUGUCAAAAACUACUCCAUUUUUUGCAAUUAAAAGGAAAAAGAUUUUCAACUUAUUUUGUGUAAGAUAAUGUACAUACAGGGAUCAAAGAGGAAUUUUACAAAAAAAUUUAGUGAAUUUGUAAUACACAAACGAAAUUUGUGUAGAUAUUACUAAUAAAUAAUAAUAUAUUACUGAUAUUGRCAUCAUGUGUUAGGCAUAUUUACAAAUUAAUGAACAUUUUUACUCAAGAGUAAGGUUAUUUUUUUGAAAAAUCUUCAUGGAAAUGUUCCUACUAAUAAAACAUAAUUUAAAUGA